ACCUUGGCUGGCUUAUGAUGCCCUCGUCCCUCCUUUUCCCCACUACACUACUGCUAGCUAUUGGAGCCCCGAUAUCGAGCGCCGCGACUAAGCGCACUCGUACCGCAAAAGCGCAUUUUGUACGGGCUUCCUCCGUUGAAUACACCAAGCCGUGUUUCUGCUCGCUUUGCGUGCUCGAGAAUGUUGUCUUCUCAGAGCCACUACUAUCUACGACUUCCUGGAUACCGUUCAACCUACGGGCGCAGAUACCACCCGUACGCAACGAUGAAACGUCCAUGCCUACAGAGGAGAAUAUCCUGCGAGGGGUUGAAGAGGCAUUGGCGAUGCCCCCGGCGGCAGUGCUGCGCCCUGUCCGUAGUGCUGAGGAUGGCUCCGAUGACGAUGUUCCGUCCUUCAGCCUGGACACGUCGGCCUCUAACGAACUUGAGAUCAAAAGGCGACCGGAUGAGCCGAUGUUCAACCUCCUCCUGCCCUUCAAAGUCUCCGCAUUUGGUGCUUGCGUCGCUCUGGUAGUUGAGCGCACGUCUCAGACCGCACGCACCGUUCUGCACUGGCUGAAGCGCUGGAUGGAUGUUCUUUCCCGGUGAGCGUGUCGUACAAAGUACGGCUGGAAAUUUGCGUGUUCCUGCAGUCGUGUUUGCUUCAUUGUGACGCCUUGAAACCGAUGAGUCUUGAGAAUUCCUCCCGCAAAGUGGUCGUCCACAACGUUUCCUACGCAUAACAUCUUCUUUAUCCUGCAACGCGUCACAUAGUGCAUACUCCU